UCUUUCCUGUCUGUCAAUCUCCGGCCCCGCCCUCUUUGGAUGGGCGUGGCCGACGUGUCUAAACAAAGGGCAGGACGAGGAUCCAACAUGGGAGAGAGCUUCCAUGAGCAGUUACGGGUGGACAGCUGGUUCCUGAAGUCUGACCGUCGUCUGGAUACGGAGCUAGUGGAUAAACUCAUCCUGCAGCUGAACCGGAUCUACCCGCAGAUCCUCACCGAUAAGGAGGCCACCAGGUUCCGGGAUCUGGACGUGCCCACCUGUGUGCGUCUGGCGGAGCUGCUGGCGUACCUGCAGGAGAAAGGUGAGGAGGCGUGCAGGGAGUUUUACCGCGCUCUGCACCUGCACGCCGAGGAGCUGUACUUCAGCCUGCCCACUCGCCUCCGCCGCCGCAGAGACUCUUUUGGUCCAUUGCCGGGUCCAGUUGUCGUCCCAACAGAUAGAUUUGUGCUGAAUGAUCAGGGCCCGUUAUUCUUUCUGAGCUGCUUCACUGCUGUUGUAGGAGCAGCUUUAUUAUAUUACCACAGGGACUUUAAGGGAGCGUCCGGAUCCUGCAGUGCUCUGGGUCUGGCUGCUCUCGGGAUCGGGAGGCGGGUUAAAGAAGUUCUCAUCUGGUACACAUAGGAUGGACGCGGCGCUGAGACGGUGUUGCCAUGGGUUACCGUGCAGCAUCCUCUAUGGGAAAGCUGCAGAUCCCCAGCCCGGGUUUAAGUGCCUCAGAACAUCAGCAUCUGUACAUACUGAAACUAUAACUGUAAAUAAUGCAGCCGCUGCCAUUUUUAAAGCUUCUAUAUCCUAUAUGAUGGCCUGCAGAGGGUCCAGCUGCUUUACUGUCCAGAUGAUCUGAGAUGAGUUUUAAAAAGAUAAAACUGAUCCUAGAUCAGGAAUCUGAAUCUCAGAAGAAGAAAUGUUUUAAGUGUCCUUAACAGUAGAGGCAUGUGUGUUACUUAUAACUGUUAUUAUGAGUAGUAUAGCUAAUAUUAAUAUAUUGUCUAUAUGAGGAAUAUAAGGAUGGGCUACCUUGUAUUAGUCCUGUAAUAAUAAUGAUAUUAUAUAUACAUUAUAUAUAAUAUUUAGGUUGAUCAAACUAAUCAUAUUGUUUUUUUUUUACCAGAUUUAUGAGAUUUCAGAGUUUUGAAUUUGGCCAUUGAUGACUUUACAAUAUUUCUACAAUAUUUUUUUUAUGUUUAAAUAGUCAAAAUACAUCAGUAGUGCCAGAUUCACUUUAUAAAUUAAAUGGAAUUUAGUUAAUCAGGGAUUUUAUCUACUGUCAAUAAUCCACAAUACAUAAUAGCACUAACAUACAACAACAUAAUCUACUAGUAUCGUGUCCCAUGAUUUUUGCCAUUACCCAUGCCUUCCCUGUCCCAUCAGUCUGGUACUUUGCCUUGCCAUGAGCACAUUGGCCAUUGUUCAGCUUCACUUACAAGAUAACACCUCACAACAGACACGAUUUACCUACUGUUGAUCUAAUCAUAAUGCUUUUUUUUUACCAGAUAUAUGAGAUGGAUAUAUUUCUGAGUUCUGAACUUGGCCAUUGAUGACUUUAGAAUAUUUCUACAAUUUUUUUUUAUGUUUAAAUAGUCAAAAUACACCAGUAGUGCCAGAUUCACUUUAUAAAUUAAAUAUAAUUUAGUUAAUCAGGGAUUUUAUCUACUGUCAAUAAGCUACAAUAUGCUCAUAAAUGUAUAUUGUAGUGUAAUUUAAGCAUAAUAGCGCUAACACACAACAACAUACUCCACUAGUAUCGUGUCCCAUGAUUUUUGCCUUAACCCGUGCCUUCUCUGUCCCAUCCGUCUGGUACAUUGCCUUGCCAUGAGCACAUUGGCCAGUGUUCAGCUUCACUUACAAGAUAACACCUCACAACCUCACAACAGACACGAUUUACCUACUGUUGUCCUGUGCUUUUUGACAUAUUAAUGUGUAUUGUGCUACAGCCCACUCUGAAUACUGACAUGGAAUAUACAGCUCUGGAAAAAAAUAAGAGACCACUUAAAAAUGAUGAGUUUCUUUGAAUUUACCAAAUUGAAAACCUCUGGAAUAUAAUCAAGAGGAAGAUGGAUGAUCACAAGCCAUCAAACUACCAAACUGAACUGCUUGAAUUUUUGCACCAGGAGUAAAGCAGCAUAAAGUUAUCCAAAAGCAGUGUGUAAGACUGGUGGAGGAGAACAUGAUGCCAAGAUGCAUGAAAACUGUGAUUAAAAAACAGGGUUAUUCCACCAAAUAUUGAUUUCUGAACUCUUACAGUUUAUGUAUAUGAUUUGCAUAUUUUUUGUUAUUUCAGCCAUUUCUAAUUUUCUGUAUAUAAAUGCUCUAAAUGACAAUAAUUUAUUUGGAAUUUGGGAGAAAUGUUGUCUGUAGUUUAGAGAAUAAAACAACAAUGUUCAUUUUACUCAAACAUAAACCUAUAAACAGCAAAAUCAGAGAAACUGAUUCAGAAACUGAAGUGAUAUCUUAUUAUUUCUAGAGCUGUAUAUUUUUGAUAUUUAUAUAAAAAAAUAAGUCUAGGAAAUAAUGUUGAUUACACUGAUCACUCCAUACAAAACACAUAUUUUUUAUAUAUAACUUACCUGUUAUACAGUUAGCAUACUAACAUACUAACACUAAGCUAGCUAGGAAGUUUCUGUAGUGCCACUGUAGUUUUGUACAAGUACAAGUGGACAGAAAUAAAAUUAAAAAAAUAUAUAUUUUAAAUAUAAGUUUGGAAAUAACAGGAAAUCAGAAACAGUAAAGAGGAAAACCAAGUUUUGAAUAGCUUUCUAGCUUAUUAAUCAUCUUGCAGUACUCUACUUCUUUUCCUCCACCAGUGUUUGGAGAGGUUUUUUUAUAUAACAGUAGAUUUGCAUACAAGACGGCAAUCACUAGAAACUGUAAUUUGUUUAAACAUAUUUAAUUCUGGGGUUUUGUAACACUUUAUUGUGGCAGCUGAUGAGUCUGUGGUUCACCAUGGAUGAUCUUAAUGUCUCUUUUUAAUAUAUAUAUAUAUAUAUAUUGUCCCAGAAAUAAUUGUAAUUAACAAUAUUGUUGGCUUUUUAAGAACUAUUUUUAAACACUAUUUUAUUCUAUUGAUAUAAUGCUGAUACAAUAACAUAAUAAUACUUUAUUUUAAAAUAUAUAAUUAAACAUAUUAUUAAGGAUAUUCAGACAUUGGACAUUUUAAUAUAAAGCAUGUUAAAAAAUACAAUUUAAAUAGUUUAAUCAUUUAAAACAAAGUAAACAUACCGGCCCAUUAAGUAAACUAAUGCACUUUCCUCCAAUAUUAAGGCCUGCAAAAAUAUUUGAGCUGUUAUAUCUAUAUAUUGUACCAUAAAUCGAUAAAAUUAAAGCAAAAUAAUUAUGUUGACAGGCCUAGCUGUGGCUCUGCUGGACUCCAAAACGUAUAAGGAAAUUUUAUAUUUUAUAUAUAUAAAACAACAAGCACAUGAAGCAGCAUUUGUAUAAGUAUAUUUAAUUAUGGGAUUUAGGAAGAGUUUAUUGUUUUGGCUUAUGAUUAAUAUAUCCAUAUAGUACACUAUAAGUCAAAUAAAUAAAGUAAUCAUUGUGACAAACCUUAGAUAUAAAUGCUUAGAGACGUUCCUCCUAUCUAUGCAUCUCAGUUUAUGACGCUACAUUAGCAUAGCAAACCCAGGCUGCCUUAAAUCUGUGCCUAUAUCUCAGAUUUUCACCGUUUUUUUAAAUUUAAUAAUAAUGUUACCAUUUCAAACAUCUACACCUUAAGAAACAGUCCAAAGAAUCAAGGUUAUACUGUUUAUAAUGGAACAACUUGGGUGCUACAUGCUAGCAUAUUGAGGCCUUAUAUAUUUUUGUUCUGUUCAUUUAUAGGGACGUUUAUUAAGAUUUGCACACAGUCUUUGCUAAAAUUAAUGUACAUAUAUAGUUGUAAGUUGAAAAGCAUUUAAAUUUGUGGGAAUCUAUCAGUAGAAGGUUCUUUGUUUAAACCUAGCUCUACUGAAUGCUAAAUGCUAAAAGCUAAAAAAUAAAUGCUAAAUCUGUAAACAUGCUCUAAAACCUAAAACCUGUGGUAAUAAUUGGUCUUAAACAUGGAAGAGUUAAUUUUUCACCUUAAGCACUAAGGCUAGGUGCAGCAGCAUUAGCAUUAGCCGCUAACCGCAGUGCUAGUGAGUUGUAAGCGCUGGCUAAUAGCGCUAGACUGAGGAACCCUGAGUGUUCCGGUAACCCAGGGUGCUAUCAGCUAGCGGUUCGUCCCACAUAGCUUGUUUUACCACAGUAAACACGCAGGCUACAGUCUGAUAUACUCGCCUCGAGCGGUGAAAGAGCUAGCGCUGCGGUUAGCAGCUAAUGCUAAUGCUGCUCCAGACUCCAGUGGCUUUACUGCUCCUUAAUACCUGACUGGUAGAAUUCAUACAUAAGGAGCACCGGAUUAUAAACUGCACUGACAAUUUUUGGGAAAAUUAAAGGAUUUUAAGUGCAAGUUUUAUAGUGCAAAAAAAUAUGGUCAACUUUAAAUUGAAGUCAAUGUAAAAAGUGUUUAUUUCAGGUACUUUUAUAGAUUUUGUAUUGGUCCAUUCACCAAGUAAUUUUGACACAGUAUAAGGAACAGUUUAUUUAUUUAAAUUAUGAAGUGAACUAAAAAUCAUCAAAAAGUGAAAAGUGACGAUAUGUAGUGUGCAGCGUGCUAAUCUCUCAGUUAGCUUAUUUUGCAUUAUUAGCCGCAUCUUUUGAAUGUAGGACUUUAAACCAAGUCAUUUUUUAUUGAGGUCUGGGUGUAAACACUAAUGCUGUGUAUUGGUGUUGUAUUUAUUGGUUUCAGAGUUUCAGCAAUAUGUUGAUUACAUUUUUCUUGGUUAAACUUUGCUUUUGGAUUAUUGACUAAAUAUGGCUAAAUUGCUUAUAAAUGUGCCUUAGUGCCUGAGAUGAGUUUGUUGAAAAAUUAAAUAACUCUAAUCUCAAUCUGGAACUGAUAUAUUGAACUUGCUAUGUGCGGAAUCACAGCUUUUAGGUGCAGUUUUUACAACAAUAAACAAUAAAUUUGUUGCUUAAGUACA